CCGGAGCAGAGCCCGGACCCUGCUCUGCCCCUCCCGGCACCCAGGGCUGAGGGCCCAUCUCAGCUGAGGCUCCUCUCGAGGCUGAACAGCUCCCUCAGCCUUUCCUGGGCACCGAGAUGCACCAGUCCCUUCAGCAUCUUUGCUGCCCUUCACUGGAUGUUCUCCAGAAGCUCCGUGUCUCUUGUCCCGAGGAGCCCAGAAUGGGACCCGCGGGUUGCUCGGAGGUUUCCCGUGGCCGUGUCGCUUCCCACUCUGCCGUGGGCCGGAGGAGGAGGUGUGGGAUCCACCGGGGUUGUUUGGGGCUCAUGGCAGAUCACGGGUGGCCACCGACGCUGUGCUUCACUCCCCAUUCCCACCGUCAAACCUCCUUCAGGAGCACCGGGAAGGGCUUGGAUGGAGUUUGGAAUCCUUCCUGCUUUAAUUUAUUUGCUACGGAAAAGAUGGAACAGAGAACAUCCCCCUUUUUUCCCCUGGAUUCCUUAAAAGAAGAAGACACCAACAAAUGGAACACAAAUUAACUUAAGCCUACAGGAGGCUGGAAGAGGGUAGGGAAAGUGGAGAAGCUGUGCUCUGCUUUAUAUCUGAUGUGUUGGGGUACAUUUUGGAGCAUGUUUGCUACUUAGCAGGGAACUAAAAUUCAGGCACUAGAGGUUUUAAAUGAAAGAUUCAAUAUGGGGGAAAAGAAGGCAGAACCGUUGGAUUUUGUGAAGGAUUUUCAGGAAUAUCUGACCCAGCAGACUCACCAUGUCAAUAUGAUUUCUGGAUCAGUUACUGGUGACAAGGAAGUAGAGACUCUCCAGGGAGCUGGGACAGAAGGUGAUCAGAAUGGUCUGGAUCAUCCUUCUGUCGAAGUUUCACUGGAUGAAAACUCAGGAAUGUUGGUGGAUGGGUUUGAAAGGACUUUUGAUGGAAAGUUAAAGUGUCGAUACUGCAACUACGCCAGCAAAGGAACAGCACGGCUCAUAGAGCACAUCAGGAUUCACACAGGGGAGAAACCGCACAGGUGCCACCUGUGUCCCUUUGCCUCGGCCUACGAGCGUCACCUGGAGGCUCACAUGCGGUCCCACACCGGGGAGAAGCCCUACAAGUGUGAGCUGUGCUCCUUCCGCUGCAGCGACCGCAGCAACCUGUCCCACCACCGCCGCCGCAAGCACAAGAUGGUGCCCAUCAAGGGGACGAGGUCUUCCCUGAGCAGCAAGAAGAUGUGGGGGGUUCUGCAGAAGAAGACCAGCAAUUUGGGGUACAGCAGAAGAGCAUUAAUUAAUCUGAGUCCGCCUUCCAUGGUGGUACAGAAACCAGACUACCUUAAUGAUUUCACCCAUGAAAUCCCCAAUAUCCAGACUGAGGCGUACGAGAGCAUGACAAAAACGACUCAGAGCGGUGGCUUGCCAAGGGAUCCACAGGACCUCAUGGUGGAUAAUCCUUUAAACCAGCUCUCCACGUUAGCAGGACAGUUGUCCAGCUUGCCACCCGAAAACCAAACUCCAGGCUCUCCUGACGUUGUUUCCUGUCAAGACGAAAAGCCUUUCAUGAUACAGCAGCCUGCUGCACCUGCAGUAGUUUCAGCUGUAUCAGCAAAUAUUCCUCAGAAUUCCUCUCCGACCAGCCCUGAUUCCCGGCCCACACACAAUCAAAGGAACUACAGUCCCGUGGCGGGGCCCAGCAGUGACCGCAGUGCCCACACCAGCACGCCCAGUAUCAGCAACAGCCAGCCAAGUACCCCGGCUCCAGCCCUGCCGGUGCAGGACCCUCAGCUGCUGCACCACUGCCCACACUGUGACAUGUACUUUGCGGACAAUAUCCUUUACACCAUCCACAUGGGAUGCCACGGAUUUGAAAAUCCUUUCCAGUGUAACAUUUGUGGGUGUAAGUGUAAAAACAAGUACGACUUUGCUUGCCACUUUGCAAGAGGCCAACAUAAUCAACAUUGACUGAGAACACGCUUUCGUUUAGUUUUUUAACAUAUUACAGUCUAUUUUUCAUACUUGCUGAUGGAAAGCUUGCACAUUCCCAUAAGGAAUCUUCACGUUAAUCGGUUCGACAGAGGAGGCAAAUUGAUUUCUGUGUUCUUGUAAAACUUGCCAGGGAAGUUUUGUAUCUGACUCAGUUGCUGUUUUAUAUGUAGCCUUUCAAGAAAAGCCAAGAGUGCUAUAAGAGUUGGAAUGCAUUUACAUGCUGUGGUUGCUAAAUUUAAGUUGCUUGCACUUAAUCCCAAUAAACAUUCUGCAAGUGGA